AUGGCAUUCUUCAUUCGUCUGUAUAUAGAAAUCCCACAGACAGGUACAGCUACCUCCACAAUUCCAGCUUCCAUCGCAAUCACACCAAACAAGGUAUCAUCUACAGCCAGGCUAUCAGAUAUCACUGCAUUGACACAAAAGACAGAGAUGUCAGAGUUAUUUAGGCAAACGGGCUACAAGGAAAGGACAAUAGCUAAAAAAAUUAAAUCUGCGCUAAAAACACCACGGGAAAGGCUCCUACAAUAUAAAGGAAAGUAAAACAAAAUAAGAAUCCCUCUAGUAGUUACUUACAACCCAACUCAAGAAGGAGUAUGUCACCUUAUUAAAGAGCUACAACCAUUAAUUUCAGAGGAUCCCACACUCAAAGAAAUAUUUCCACCAUACUAGCAUUCAAACAACCGCCCAACCUGAGACAGAGAUUGGUCCGCAGCAAAUUGACCACAGAACAGGAGCUCACACAGAAUGGACUGUACGAUGGACACAGAAUGGCACUGUACGAGGCUCACACAGAAUGGCACUGUACGAUGGACACAGAAUGGCACUGUACGAUGGACACAGAAUGGCACUGUACGAGGCUCACACAGAAUGGCACUGUACAAAGCUCACACAGAAUGGCACUGUACGAUGGACACAGAAUGUCACUGUACGAGGCUCAUACAGAAUGGCACUGUACAAAGCUCACACAGAAUGGCACUGUAUGAUGAUCACACAGAAUGGCUCUGUACGAUGGACACAGAAUGUCACUGUACGAGGCUCACACAGAAUGGCACUGUACGAAGCUCACACAGAAUGGCACUGUACGAUGAUCACACAGAAUGGCACUGUAGGAAGCUCACACAGAAUGGCACUGUACGACCCGCACACAGAAUGGCACUGUACAAUGAUCACACAGAAUGGCACUGUACGAUGGACACAGAAUGGCACUGUACGAGGCUCAUACAGAAUGGCACUGUACGAAGCUCACACAGAAUGGAACUGUACGAUGAUCACACAGAAUGGCACUGUAGAAAGCUCACACAGAAUGGCACUGUAG